AUGGAGUAUAAACUUAAAAACACUGACCAGUUUGAGUAUUCUGAAAUUAUUACCGAAUCAAAUAAAACUAAUAAAACCAAACCAAAUAUAUCUGACGAGUAUCAAAAAUUGAUGAAAAAUAUUGAAAUUAACGAAAAUAUUAAUAAUUCUACCGUAACAUUAUACCCGGAUGUUGCAAUGGUAUAUCCUAUAAGCUCUUGGUCAUUUUGGUACAGAAAUCCUUCAAAAUUGAAUUUAAGGUAUCCAUGGGAAGAAUCAUUGACCAAAAUUGAAACUGUUCGUGACGUUACUCAUCUAUGGAAAGUCCUCAAUCACAUCAUUCAACCAUCAGUUAAAUCUUUAAACACCUGUUUAUUUGUGUUCGAUGAAAAGAGCGUACCCGCAUGGGAACACAAAAGUAAUGAAAAUGCAGGGCGUUGGAUAAUCAUAUUGAAAGAUAACCAUAAUUUGCAUAAUAUAUGGAAUAAUAUGGUACUACAAGUAGUUGGCGACAAAUUUGCAGCUGUUAUAACUGAUAUCAAUGGUAUAGGAUUGCACAUUAAACCUGUGUGUUCCAAGAUAACAGUGUGGACUACAAAAACAACCUUAAGCAAUUACAAAAACAUACAAAAUAUCGGAGUUAUGAGCAGACAAACCAUUGGGCCGAAGAAUGCAAAACGCAUAUAUUAUUUAAUGCACAACCAAUCAAUUAUUUAA